AUGCUGGUGCAGUGUCUGGAGAAGGGCACUAAUGCGGGCUUGGCGUUUGUAAACUCCCGGGGUGCCUGCCAGCGGUGCGAUGCCGUCACCCCCGGAUGCCAGCGGUGCAAGAACAGCAGCGGGCGCUGUGUCGAGUGCCAGGCCACCUUCCUCCUCACGCCCAACGCCACCUGCAGCCCCUGCUUUUACGACGAGGACUGCCUGGCGUGUAGCAACAUCCAGGAGCGCUCCUGCACCAAGUGUGUUGACUUCAUGGGCGUGAUUGAUGGUGCGUGCAAGCUGUGCAUCCAGGACGACCUCUGUUUGCAGUGCAACGGCAACCGCUCAUUUUGCCAGAAGUGCGUGCCCGGCUACAAGUCGGUGGGUGGGGUGUGCACGCUGUGUAUCGACCCCGAUUGCGUCAGCUGCCUGCGAGACAUAGACACCUGCUUCGGCUGCCUGCCCUUCCACGGCGUGCUGGACAACGAGUGCGUGGAGUGCAUAGACAGGAACUGUUUGAACGGCGACCUGGACCCCUACUCAUGCCGCAACUGCACCAACGGGCUGGCCGCCGACCGCCACACGGGCAGCUGCGUCAGGUGCACGCUGCCGGGCUGCGCCACCUGCGACUCGGCAGACCACCACAGCUGCCUGUGGUGCGUGCCUGGGUGGAACCAGGUGCUGCGCCAGGAUGGCAAGACCUGCACCUGCAAGAAAGCCAGGCCUUGA